AACGUAUGGGAGUUGUUACAAAUUCUGUUAGUAGUUUGUUGUGAUGUCUAAAAGGAGAGUGAAAUUUUCAUGAAUAAUUUGCUCAACUUAGUAAACUCAACUCCACCGAAAUUAUUUAAAUAUUUUAAUGAAAACGUAGCAAUCAAUUAGAAAUAAAUGCUUUUCUAUUCAAUAAACAGUUAGGCGCUACUGUUCGCAAUAACAGAUACAGAUUAUUUGUCACACUUGGGUGUCAACAGUAAUCGUAGAAACAUUAAUACAACAAUAACAAAGGCUCUAGUAACAGUAAUAUCGUAUUCAAACAGUUAAAUAAGUAAUCGAUUAUAUAUACACAAAAUUUACCUGUUCAUAACAGUCAGUUCAUCUUUUGAAUUGGUACAAAAAUAUCCAAUAUAAUUAGUGGUUUAUUUCAUAGUCAAAUAUUUAUUUAGUAUCUUAUGAAUUCUUGACAUGUUUCUGAUAAAUAUUGACAUUAGUAUUUGCAUUGAGAAAUAAAUCAUAGUGAAAUAUUUCUAUCCUUUCAUCAGUUUAAAUCACUAGUCUACGGUAUUUAAAACAUAUUAAAAAUAAUUUUCUCUUCAUUUUCCAAUGAUAAUACGUUUUAAAUUCGAGAAAAGACUGUUGUUAUAGUGGGUAUUGGAGGUGUUGGUUCAGUGACUGCUGAAAUGCUUGUUCGAUGUGGAAUUGGUCGUCUGAUUUUAUUUGAUUAUGAUAAAGUGGAGUUGGCCAAUAUGAAUCGAUUAUUCUUUCAGCCUCAUCAAUCUGGUUUGAGUAAAGUUGCAGCUGCAGCGUCUACUCUAAGUUUUAUCAAUCCAGAUGUACAAAUUGAAGCACAUAACUAUAAUAUAACUUUAGUAGAGAAUUUCGAUCAUUUUCUUAACCGUUUAGAACAUGGUGGUUUAAAAAAUGAAAAUCCUGUUGAUCUUGUAUUAAGUUGUGUUGACAAUUUUGAAGCGCGUAUGACAAUUAAUAAAGCGUGCAAUCUUCUUGGUCAAGUUUGGUAUGAGUCUGGUGUCAGUGAAGACGCUGUUAGCUGCCAUAUUCAGCUUAUGUAUCCUGGUCGAACACCAUGUUUUGAAUGCCUGCCACCAUUAAUUGUGGCUAGCGGAUUGGAUGAAAAAACUCUUAAACGAGAAGGAGUAUGCGCAGCAUCACUUCCUACUACGAUGGCUCUUGUUUCUUCGUUAUUAGUUCAGAAUACUUUGAAAUAUCUGCUGAAAUUCGGCGAAGUUUCUAGUUACUUAGGUUAUGGAGCGGCUAAAGAUUCGUUUUAUCGUGUUGAAUUAAAAGCGAAUCCAGAUUGUGCUGAUUCAUGGUGUAAUCGGCGUCAAAUCGAAUGGCGUAAUCACUUACAACAAUUAAACCUUCCAAUUGAUUCUCCUUGGGAUAUUGAAGAACGUCUAAAAGCCAAUCAAAUUAAGCAUGAAAAACUUAAAGAAGCAUUAUCCAAGUCAAAACAUGAAGAAAAUGAUUUUGGCAUUGAAUUAGAAUCAGAAUCAUCGAAUUUUACAGAAUCCACUUGUAAUAUGAAACAUGAUUUAUCCAAUUCAAAUUCGGAAAUAGUUGGUGUAAAAACAUUGUAUACAGUGGAUAACAAAAAAAUUGAUUCAAACUAUCAAGAGACAUCUGAUUCUUUUAUUUCACAGACAAACGAUAGCCUCGAAUCACUCAUGGCUAAAAUGAAAAAUUUGUAAUUAACUCUAUACUUAUUAGGAAAUGAUACUUUAUUUUCUAUGCAGUUUUACACUGGUGUUUUGCUCUCUUUAUGUUUUGUUUUUAAUUUGUAUGAUACAAAUGUGAUAUACUUCCGUCAUUCUAUUUGUUUUCUUUUUAUUCCCGAGCUAUGUCAACAGUUUGUUUUGUCUACAUUGAUGGUUAUUGUAGGAAAUUUAAUUUCAGUUAUUGUAUUAUUACUUAGAGCAGUGGUUUCAUGUUUUACAACUAUGAACAUUUUAGCAUUGGGUUGCAGGAUGCAACUCUUGCUCCACCUACUUUUGACGUCUUGUUUUGAAAUUGUAACUCAUAUCUACGUAAAUAAACAUGUCUUCGGUGAAUGAUUUGUAAUCACAAAAUUGUUUUGUAAUGCAUAGCCUUUCAAGGUGAUAAAUUCGUUUUGUACUGAGACA